UACUGAGAUUUGGAGUAGGAUUCAGGGUUUGUGUGUUGCGAUUACAAAGUUGAUGACAAUGGAUCCGCGUCUGAGGAGUUUCACUGAUUCUUUAAAUGGAGUUCGAUUGAGCAACCAACCUUUUUCCUUUCUUUCACAUCAGAACAUUGUGCCCCAAUCCCCAUUUGAUAGUCAUCCUUUCAUAGGUAGCGAUUAUAGGGAGUUAAAUUACCCUACACCCGAUGUAACCCCGAAUGAUUUAUCGUCUGUCUCGAGUUUGAGUCAUGAGGAGGAAGAUUGUGACUUUUCAGAUGAAGUCUUGAAGUACAUUAACCAGAUGCUAAUGGAAGAAGACAUGGAGGAUAAGACUUGCAUGCUUCAAGAGUCUUUGGAACUUCAAGCAGCCGAGAAGUCGUUCUAUGAUGUCCUUGGAAAGAAAUACCCCCCUUCCCCAGAGGUAAACCAUGAAUUUUCCAUUCCAUAUGGUGAGAUCCCAGAUGAAGGUUUCUGCAACUAUAUUACUAGUAGUAGUAAUAGUGGUAGCUAUUUCAGUGAUAGUUCCGUGAUUCAAAGUCCAGGCGGGUACAUGUCUCAAUUUCAAGGUCUUCCACCUUAUAACAUUUCCCAUUCAUCGUAUGGCUCUUCAACUAGGGUCAGUAGCCUGGAUGAGCUGGUGGACUCUCCUAGUAGCAGUCAUCAUGUCCCUGAUUUCAGUACUGAGAGUCAAUCUGUUUGGCAGUUCAAUAAGGGGGUCCAAGAGGCUAGUAGGUUUCUUCCUGGUCAGACAAAUUUGGUUGUUGAUCUUGAUGCGAAUUGGUUGUCAGCUCAAUCUUCGAAGGUUGGGACGGAAGAGGAAGUUGUCAAAGUUGAGAAAAAGGAUGAAGGUGAGAAUUCUCCCAGUGGGUCUAGGGGGAGGAAGAAACUGUAUAGGGAGGAUGAUGAGGAUGGGGAAGAUAAUAGGAGUAGCAAGCAACCGGCAGUUUCUACUGAAUCUACUCUGCGAUCGGAGAUGUUUGAUAAGAUUUUACUUUGUAGCUUAGGGCCGGGUAAAGAGCACUUAAUAUCUAAACGCGAGGAGUUGCAGAAUGGAAUGAUCAAAAGUGUGCCACAGAAUGAGAAGUCCAAAGGAUCAAAUGGAGGAAAAGGUCGCGGUAAGAAACAAAGUGGCAACAAAAAGGAUGUUGUGGAUUUGAGAAGUCUCCUUAUUACUGUUGCACAGGCAGUUGCAGCUGAUGAUCAUAGGACUGCAAAUGAGCUGCUAAAGAAGGUGAGGCUGCAUUCUUCGCCUUUUGGAGAUGGGACUCAGAGACUGGCUCAUUGCUUUGCUGAUGGCCUUGAGGCUCGCUUGGCUGGUACUGGUAGCCAGAUUUAUAAAGGCUUUGUUAGCAAAAGAACACCUGCUGCUGAUGUCUUGAAAGCUUACCAUCUUUUUCUUGCUGCAUGCCCAUUUAAGAAGAUGUCCAAUUUUGUCUCAAACAAGACCAUAAUGACUUUAUCUCAAAACACAAUGAGAGUCCAUGUCAUAGAUUUUGGUAUCCAUUAUGGUUUCCAGUGGCCUACUCUUAUUCAGAGGAUUGCAAUGAGGGAGGGUGGACCCCCAAAGCUUCGGAUUACUGGAAUUGAAUUUCCGCAACCAGGAUUCCGGCCAGCUGAAGGAGUUGAGGAAACAGGACGUCGCUUGGCAGCUUAUGCUGAGACAUUCCACGUCCCAUUUGAGUACAAUGCUAUUGCAAAGAAAUGGGAAAACAUUACACUUGAGGAACUCAAAAUUGAGAGGGAUGAGUUUCUUGUUGUGAACUGUUUGUAUCGGGGUAAGAACUUGCUUGAUGAAAGUGUGGCUGUGGACAGUGCUCGAAAUAGGGUUCUUAAAUUGAUAAGGAGAAUUAGUCCAGACAUUUUCAUCCAUGGAGUUAUCAAUGGAGCGUACAACGCCCCCUUCUUUGUCACCAGGUUCCGAGAGGCUUUGUUUCAUUUUUCUUCAAUGUUUGACAUGCUUGAAACAGUUGUACCCCGCGAGGACCGGGAGAGGAUGUUGAUUGAGAAAGAGAUAAUUGGCAGGGAGGCUUUGAAUGUCAUAGCUUGUGAGGGAUGGGAAAGAGUGGAAAGGCCAGAAUCCUACAAACAGUGGCAGGUCCGCAACUUGAGGGCUGGGUUUGUGCAAAUACCUUUCGACAGAGAACUUGUGAAGCAUGCAGCUUGGAAAGUGAAAACUAGUUACCACAAGGAUUUUGUUAUUGAUGAAGAUGGGCGCUGGUUGUUGCAGGGAUGGAAGGGAAGGACCAUAUUUGCCCUUUCUGCUUGGAAACCUUCAGAAGGAGCUUGAAAGCCACAUUGUUAUUGCUUGUAAUCUGCUUCUUAGCUGUUCAAGGGGAAUCCGGGUUGAGUCAAGGUAGUUGUGUUAAUCGAUUUGUGCUCUUCACAAUUUGAUGACUUCAUCGAUAAUUUUGCAGUAAAUGUGGUAGUUGGUUUCAAUCUUUGAUUUUGAUUAUUGUAACACUGUUUGAUGUUCAAUAGUUGACAGUAGUGAUGUACAUUCACUCCACUAGGGGUAUUCUGAUUUCAGCUAGAUAAAAUACCCUUUUUCGUUUU